AUGCAUUCUAAGAAGAAGUUGCCCUAUGACCCUGGCACUUUGCCACCGGACAAGCGCUUUCGCGCUAAUUUGUCUGAUUUGUUUCUAAGUGGUGACCUUGCAGCCCAGCGUGCCCAUUCCCUGUUUGCAGAUGCCAAUGCUGCUGGGACACACCAUGUCACUGACCUUGCUGGAAACAAAAGACCAGAUGGCAAUAGCGCGCGUGAUUUGCUCCGACGCCUUCGAAAGAGCUCCCACUGGCCACCUUUGUACUGGGCAGAUAUCCCUGUGUGGUUAGACAAGAAGCAGAAAGAAGAAAUCGUGCAAAUUCCUUUUCUCUUACCCCACGAAGUUGUCCAUGCAAUGUUCCAGUGGACAGACAUCGGCAAUUUUUCCGAUUUGGCCCACCUGCCAACGGAUGAAAGAGCUUUGCUGGAGACUGGCAAAAUACUUCUUGGCCGCGAUGUGCCUCUGCUGCCCCUGGGCCUCUGGAUGGAUGGUGUCCCAUGCAAUUGGGAUCGCUCCCACAGUUUGAACGUCUUGACCAUUAGUUUUCCCAGCGCAUGUGGCCCUCAUAGGAGUGUCCGCAUCCCAUUGUUUGGCAUCAAGCAACACUUUUGCAGCAAGCACAAAACAUUUGAUGCAGUCUUCGAAGUUAUUUGCUGGUCCUUGCGAAUGUUGUUUCUGGGUGCCAUGCCUUCUUGCCGACAUGAUGGCCAACCUUUCGCAACUUCUGAUGCUGGUCGGAAAAACUGGGCCGAGAAGCCGCUGCAGCGCUGCAUGCUGACCCAAGUGCGAGGAGAUUGGAAGAUGCUCAAAGAUGUUUUCCGCCUACCUCAGCACAAUGAGAAGGCUGGCUGCUGCUGGCUUUGCCCAGCUACGCCCGACAACAUGAGGGAUGCUUCAGCAGCUGCGCCGUGGAGGGUGCCUUGGUGCACGACGGACUUGGUCCAAAGACUGCUAGCCCAAGGCCAUCUUUGCAGCCCGCUGUUUUCGCUGCCAGCCUUUACCAUCAACAUGUUCAAGCUAGAUUGGCUUCACAUCAUGGACUUGGGCGUCGCUGCUGAUGUUGCUGGAAAUGUUCUUUGGGUAUUGCAAGGCAAGAUGCCGGGUGCAAAUGUGAAGAUGCGCGUCAGCAAGCUGUAUUUGCAAAUUGCCAAAUACUACAAAGAAACAAGGGUGCAGGACAAAUUGAAUACUUUGACUGAAACCAUGAUUCGAAAGAGCAGCACCACCCCGCCAAAGUUGACAGCUGGGGCUGCCGAGUGCCGCCACCUGAUUCCUUGGCUUCUGCAAGCAGCAAAAGAAUGUUUGAAUCCCAACGAUGCUUUCGAGGAUACGGUCAUCCAGGCCAUCUCGUGCUUAUCUACCAUGUAUGACCUUCUCUCCAACUACGCUCGCUCAAAGAUGCGGCACGCGGCCGGGCGAUUGGCUCUUCUCUUGGCUGCGCUGCGCGACGCUUCUGAGGAUCCACUCUGGCGAAUGAAACCAAAGGUGCAUUUGAUGCUGCACUUGGCUGAGAAUCUGCACAGCCCCGCUGAGACUUGGACGUAUCGAGAUGAGGACUACGGCGGCUCCGCUGCCCGUUCCAUGCGGUCGCGUGGCGGCACCGACACUCCCAAAGUGGCCGGAGAAAAUUUGCUCCAAAAGUUUUGCUGCCGACACGACCUCCCCACUGCUCUCGGCAUCGGAAAAUGCGAUUGCAGCGCUCCUGCUUUUCAUUCUUUGUUAGGGUACCCUGGUCUGCAUUGGUACGAUAUGGGUGCUUCGCCCAUGGCACAACCCUACACAGCGCGCUGCGCGAUUUGGAUUGGCAUGUGGAGACGGCAAUGGCGUCGAUGCGGCAGCAGCAAAUCCUUCAUAUGCGUGCAACUGCAGCGGACCGAUCGCCUGCCGUUCCCGGACUAUUUGGCGCAAUUGGGCAGUCACCGCUAUGUUUUGUCACCACCAGGCAAAGGCUAUGACUGCACCAGGACCUGGGAAGCUUUGGCAAUGGGCUCCAUCCCAGUGAUCCUUCGCGACGAGAACUUUGACAUGCGUAUCUACCAGCAGGCGUCGGUCCGCACGCUUCCGCCACCCGAGGAACUCACGCCAGAUGUCUUGGCCCAGCUGCUGUCGACCAAAGCCACGCCGGUGGACACGCGUCCGUUGCAGGUGCACUACUGGACCAACUUGUGGCGGCAACACCUGGACGGAGGUGAAGACUGUGGACUGCAACUACCAGCUGCGUGGAGUCGUUCAGCAACUGAGUCGUCGGGGCCGGUCCGGGUCGCGUCGAAGCCGGCCGUUGGAUCCCUGAUCCGGAGACAAGCGGAAGAAAAGACAG